GUAACUCCACUUCCUGGUCCCAACAUUCUCAACCCAGGAGAGCCAAUUGGAAGAAGCCCUCAGAAGUGUUCAGGACAGACUUCAUCACGGCCAUGAAGCUCCAUGACACGUACCAACUGAACCCUGAGGAUUACUACGUCCUGGCCGACCCCUGGAGACAGGAGUGGGAGAAGGGAGUCCAGGUCCCUGUCAGCCCUCACACCAUCCCCCAGCCUGUAGCCCGGGGAGUGGCUGAGCGGGGGAUGGAGGUGAUGUUCUCGACGCCUAAGAAGUGGAUCCGUUCGGGUUGUUCAGGGGCGCUGGGGUACGUGGACAUCCAGACCCUGGCUGAGGGGACGUGUCGUUACGACCUCAACGACACUGACGUGGCCUGGCUGGAGCUCAUCAACCAGCAGUUCACUCUGAUGGGCAUGGUGCUGCUGGAUGAGAUGACCAUGGAGAGAGUGAUGGAGGAGUUUGAGAGGCGUUGCUAUGACAGAAUGAGCCAUGCCAUGGCAACGGAGGAGGGGCUUGGCAUGGAGUACGACGAGGAUGUUGUGUGUGACAUCUGUCGGUCACCUGACAGCGAGGACAACAACGAGAUGGUUUUCUGUGACAAGUGCAACAUCUGUGUUCACCAG